UCGGCAGAUGCGCUCGCCCCAGCCGGGGCCUGCCGAACGGCUUUCCGCGGAGUCUCCCCGACGCCCCGAGGAGGAGGUAGCGGCCGCGCCGCGCUAGAUCGGAGGCCGAGGACAGCGCCUCCGUCCGGCGCCCAGAGAAGGCUCCCGAGCUUUCCGAGGAUGAUAUCCGGCUAAAAAACGAGAGAGACAACUGUAGUGGCAAUUCCCUGGAGCCUGCCACCAGCCCUCUUCCCCCAGAUCACAAAAACAUGGAAAUUGAGGUCUCUGUUGCAGAAUGUAAGAGUGUUCCCGGAAUCACCUCGACUCCACAUUCCAUGGACCACCCCUCCCCCUUCUACUCACCCCCCCACAAUGGCCUCCUCGCUGAUCACCAUGAAUCUCUGGAUAAUGAUGUGGCCAGAGAGAUCCGAUAUCUAGACGAGGUGCUGGAGGCCAGCUGCUGUGAUUCUGCUGUGGACGGAACCUACAACGGCACGUCUUCCCCAGAGCCUGGAGCAGCCAUCUUGGUGGGCAGCCCAAGCCCACCUGCCCACACGGCCGUCCAGCCGGAACCCACCGAGAGAGUGGCUGGCAGGCAGGCUCCCCCUCCCCUGGAGCUCCAUCAGAGCACCUCUGACACCAUGGCAGAGGGUGAAAGAGCCAACGGCCGACCCCCCGACCAGCCCAGAGACCUGCUGGGGAACAGCCUGCAGGUGCCCGUGAGCCCCAGCUCCUCCACCAGCUCGCGGUGUUCCUCCCGAGACGGAGAGUUCACGCUCACCACGCUGAAGAAGGAAGCCAAGUUCGAGCUGCGUGCCUUCCACGAGGACAAGAAGCCCUCCAAGCUCUUUGAGGACGACGAGAGUGAAAAAGAACAGUACUGCGUCAGGAAAGUGAGGCCUUCAGAAGAGAUGCUGGAGCUGGAAAAGGAGAGGCGAGAACUCAUCCGGAGUCAGGCCGUGAAAAAGAAUCCUGGCAUCGCCGCCAAAUGGUGGAACCCUCCGCAGGAAAAGACCAUCGAGGAGCAGCUGAACGAGGAACAUCUGGAGUCGCACAAGAAGUACAAGGAGCGCAAGGAGAGGAGGGCGCAGCAAGAGCAGCUGCUGAUACGGCGGCAGCCGGCCACGCCGCAGCUCGGCCCGGCCCCUGCGUCCUCUCGAGAACGUUCCAGCGUGACUGACAGCGCAAAGGAGGACAUCGUCACGGAGCAGAUAGACUUCUCCGCGGCUCGCAAACAGUUCCAGCUGAUGGAGAAUUCCAGGCAAACAGUGGCCAAGGGCCAGAGUACACCCAGGCUCUUCUCCAUCAAGCCCUUCUACAGACCUCUGGGGCCAGUCAACUCAGACAAGACACUGACCAUCUCGAGACCAGCUUCUGUCGGGGGACCUCCCGAAGACUCUUCAGCAGCCAAGGGACAGAAAGCCCACUGUGCCCCGGAGAGCCAGUCUUCCGGAGGAGGGGGCCAGGGCAGCACAGCUCCUCAGGGGAAGGAAGGGCCGUACAGUGAGCCGUCCAAACGUGGGCCCUUAUCCAAACUGUGGGCAGAGGACGGCGAGUUUACAAGUGCCCGGGCUGUCCUCACCGUGGUCAAGGAUGACGAACCUGGGAUUUUGGAUCAGUUUUCAAGGUCAGUCAAUGUCUCUUUGACUCCAGAGGAACUUGACUCCGGCUUGGAUGAGCUGUCGGUGAGGUCCCAGGAUACCACCGUCCUGGAGACCCUGUCCAAUGACUUCAGCAUGGACAACAUCAGUGACAGUGGGGCCUCCAACGAGACAACCAAUGCUCUCCAGGAAAAUUUGCUGGCUGAUUUUUCUCUGCCCCAGACUCCCCAAACUGACAACCCCUCGGAGGGCCGAGGAGAAGGUGUCUCCAAGUCAUUCAGUGACCAUGGUUUCUAUUCCCCUUCGUCCACGCUGGGAGACUCUCCAUCGGUUGAUGACCCCUUGGAAUAUCAGGCUGGUCUCCUGGUGCAGAAUGCCAUUCAACAAGCCAUAGCCGAGCAAGUGGACAGAGCUGUGUCUGAAACCAACAAGGGUGGAGCAGAACAGCAGGGACCUCAAGCAAGUCUGGAGGAAGCUGGAACUGGGGCUUCCAGCUCGGAGAAGCCUCAGAGCAUGUUUGAACCACCUCAGGUGUCCUCCCCUGUUCAAGAGAAAAGGGAUGUUUUGCCAAAGAUUCUGCCUACUGAAGACAGGGCGCUCAGGGAAAGGGGGCCCUCCCAGCCACUGCCGGCAGUGCAGACCAGUGGCCCAAUAAACAUGGAGGAGACCAGACUGGAAGGGAGCUACUUCAGCAAGUACUCAGAGGCAGCUGAGUUGAGAAGCACAGCCUCACUCCUGGCCACUCAAGAGUCCGAUGUGAUGGUUGGGCCCUUCAAGCUGAGGUCCAGGAAGCAGCGGACUUUGUCCAUGAUCGAAGAAGAGAUCCGAGCAGCCCAAGAAAGGGAAGAGGAGCUGAAGAGGCAGAGACAAGUCUUGCAGAGUACCCAGAGCCCCAAGGCAAAGAAUGCCCCAUCACUGCCCUCCCGAACAUCGUGCUACAAAACUGCUCCAGGGAAAAUAGAGAAAGUCCAACCUCCUCCAUCCCCCACACCUGAAGGUCCCAGCUUGCAGCCUGACUUAGCCCCCGAAGAGGCUGCCGGAUCACAGCGGCCCAAGAAUCUGAUGCAGACCCUCAUGGAAGACUAUGAGACACACAAAUCUAAAAGGCGCGAGAGAAUGGAUGAUAGUAGUUACACCUCUAAGUUACUGUCUUGCAAGGUGACUUCCGAGGUCCUUGAGGCCACACGGGUUAAUCGAAGAAAGAGCGCAUUGGCCUUGCGCUGGGAGGCGGGGAUCUAUGCCAACCAAGAGGAAGAGGACAAUGAAUAGUCAACAUCCUUCCACCCAGGAAGCUUCUUUGGUGCUUGGGUUCCCAAGAAACCAAGAAAUCAACACAUCAAAGCAUUUUAAUAGAAUAUUUAUUAAAGUGCAAACAAACUCGGCAAUCCUUAUGCAGACCAGGAGAAGUUGCAAUGUACAAUGAUGAAAAAUCAAGUGAAAAAAGAAGUCCACCCAUCAAACACGAACUCCCGGGAGUCAGAAGAGAAAGGAUUUUUUUUUUUUUGGUAACUCAAAGAAUCCCCUGGGUUUGGACCACAGUUGAUCCAAAAGGACAAAGAAGUUACAAGCAAAUUGACAUGGUUGCUACAGGCAGAGCCAAGACUAGCCUCUCUGGGUGAUGAGGAAAACAUUGGUAAUGUGGCCAUUUGGAGAAGCCACAGAGCUGAUGCCAUCCACCCAGCAGAGGAUAUUUCCCUGUGCCUGCACCGGUUUCCACCCAUCAUAGCAUCAGAGGUGUUGGACUAACCCCAUUUACUCCAGCAGCUAUAAAGUAAUGCUUCUCUAUUUGCCCAGAAGAGGCAACUAUGGUUCCAUGUCAAUUCCGUUUAAUUGUUUUGAAUUGGGAGCAAUUAAGGAUCGCAACCCAAAUUUUGAAGACAGGAUUUCUUCAUGUUGCAAACACAACCUGUUCUGCAUUAGGAGGUUUAGGAAGGGGGGGAGAAAGCCAAACCAAAUGGAUUAUUUUAGCUUUAGGAUCUUGUCUGCUUAUGAUAUUGACUGAGCUGCAGUUUAUGAGAACACAUUUUCACAAUUCUGUUUCUUUAUAUGAAAACUAUAUUUAGUGGGCAACAACUAUUUUUAUGAUGGGAUGGGGGAAUAUAUCCAUGUAUAAAACCUAUACACAUUGAACAGCUUGGUUCAAGAGGGGAGGGGUAUUUUUAGAGUGGUAAUAAUUGAAAAAAGGGCGAACUCUGCCUUAGAGAGGUAGACGAUGAGAAAUAAAGAGGUGUUUAUAACUAUAUUUUAUAUGUAAAGUGGACCUUCAGGGGAGUAGGAAGAAUGAUACGUUGGAUCAAUCAGAAAGAGACAGUAAAGAAAGCUCACGAAAGGUAGACAGAGAAGAAGGGAGGGGGAAAGAGUGGGCAGGUAAGGAAGUUAGAGAGAUUAUUUUUUCUGAGCAACCAGUAUUUUUCAGGAUGAUACAGAGAAAAAUAUAGAAUAGAAACUUAAGUGCAGGCUUAGGUUCAGCUACAAAUCCUAAAGGUGGUGUGCGUGCGUGCGUGCGUGUGUGAGUGUGUGUGUGUGUGUACACAUGCCUUUGUGUAUGCAUGCAAAGCGCAUGUGUGCUCAUGAGUAAGGGUGUAUGUGUGUGUGUGUGAGGAUUAAAAUUCCAGGAUGAUCAUGGGACAAGGGUGUUCACUUAUUUCCUCCAAAGCUGUUUGCCAGCGUCAGGAGUGAGUGAGAAUUUCUUUUUUAUGAAAAGGAUAUAGAGGCUCCGAGCUGAUGCAGUAUUUGUAAUAUUAAGUUGACCUAACAUGGUAUUUGCAUGGGUCACAAUGGCAAAGUUUUGAGCAGUUUUGUAAUUUGACAUUUAGGAAAGUACCAUAUUUAUUCUCAUGCUUUGUAUCCAUGCUUAGUAUACGCUAAAGGACACCAGCUUUACUCUUUCUGUCAUUUAAAGCAAUAUGAUAAGGGUAUUCAAUCAUUGAAUGCCCUCAAUUUCUGGAUGAGAAAUUUUUCAGUCCUGGCCAUGAAAAAAAACUGACCAGCCUUCUUUUUUUCCGUCCCCUUUGUUUUAAAACUGUGGUUUUUAAGAAAGCAAUAAGUAAGUCAGACCUCACUAAAAUGCAUUUUUGUUUUUAUGUCUUUAUGUCAUAAGCACUAAUGUGUUGUCCUGACAAGUGCUGUCCCACCAAAUUUGUAUGUAGAUUCAUGCACGUUACCUUCUUUUAUUAGACGAGUGUCAACGUUAGGGGAAAGUGUAUUCAUAAGCGAGUGGUGGACACAGUAAAACAUGGAACUCUGAUAACUUACAAGGAUCCUUUGGAACUGCCAAGGGAACUUGCAAUUUGAAGCCAAAUUCUACAGAUGGAUAAUUGGCGUCAUCUUUAUAUGGUUCAUGCUCCUGAAAUUCUGAACGAAUAGUCAACAAAACGUGCUAGACGCUGGGGAUAGGAAACAGAUAAGAUCCCUGCCGUUAGGGAUUUAUUUUCAGGUGGGAGAGGCUGGCAUGGAGACAGACAUUCCCAGGAAAAUGAGCUGAGGAGUCCUGACAGGUGAAAUGGGGGCACCCAGGAAAGAAGGAUGCUUUGUCUGAGGAUUUCCAGCGUUCCCAAGACAGGCACGGGAAUGAAAACAGUUGGGGCAGCAGCAUCGUGUGGCCCAGGGAUGCAGGAGCUGCUAGGAUGCCUGGAGAACAGAAUGGUUCUGUGGGUUGCACAAAAAGUGAAACAUGCUUCAUGAUUUCUGGACUAACUCUGGAUCUGGUAGUGACCAUAGACUUGAUACAGAUGAACUCCCCAUCUUUUGCAAGAGGAAACAGUGCUCAGGACUUCCCUGAAGUUUUUGGUUCUGUUGAGAAGGAAACUGUGUACCCACCUUAAAACUACAUUUGCGAAGAGAAUGGGCAGCUGAAAAGAAAGCUUAGGAGGCCACACAAUUCCUGGAAUCGCUUUAGAGGCAGAUGAGUUGGUCUUUGACUGCAGUUGAUUGACCCAGACACACUUAUUAUGUAGAGUUACAGAGCCGGGAUCCUUUGGUUCGCACUUUGGAUAGGCAACAAAUGCAGCGUUUCCGUGACUCUCUCACAGUCACAAAACCAUUUAACUGUGGCCCCUACAUCUCCAUCCUUUGCUUGUUCCCUUCUGCUGCCUUCUGAUGACUGCUGUCCAUUUCCUUGUUCCACUCACGUAUCAUCCUGUUACAAUGUAAAUUAAAGUUCCCUUAGCAGAGCCAGAUUUUCUCUGUGCUCUUGAGUUUUUUUACUCAUUUAAGAAACAUUGGGCCAUGGCUUUGUACAUAGCGCCGUGCUAGGCUCUGGGAUCCCAAGUGAACCCCUUUAACUUUGUGAAGAUGCAGCAGACCCCUGGCGGAACGUCAUCCGUGCCUAAUCCGUCGAGAAGAAGAGGCUUGUCCAAAACCUGGCCUCCGAUGCUCAUCCCUGCCCCCAGGUAGCACACGAGCUUGUUAAUCUCAGCUCGAACAGACGUUUAGUUUCUGUAGAUGUUAAAAGCUUUCCUGAAAGUAUUCCAUUCCGCAGUGUUGAUAGAUGUUCACUUUCCUCUGGAACUGAUGACUGACAUUCCUUGGCUUUCUCAUCCAGAAAUUAUGGAAACAGGGUCUGUCAGUGGCAGGAGGCUGGGCUGUGUCCUAUGUGCAUGACACAUGCAGUUUCCUUGCCUCUUUACACCCAUGCAUGCUGCCCACCCUAGACAGUGACAUAUAAGCAGUAUAUAGAUCAGUGCCCACAUAUAUACACAACACACACACACAAGGCAUAACAAGGAACACUAAGACAGUGUUGACUCGUCUCAGAAGACAAAUAAUUAAACAUUUUUUCCAACUAAAGAAUGGAUGUAAUUAAACUAUGUAUUGAAAAAAAAUAGCCUAAGUGUUUAGAGAUGGUGACUAUAUCCAGUUGUAGUAACAGAACCAAUUUCCUGAAUUUUAAGCAUUCAGUGAGUGAGCUGCCAAUUUUGAUUUUGUGUUCCUCUUUACCCAAAUGACUUUUUUUUUUUCUUUUUUGGAGGAGGGGGCACAAAGCAGCAAUACUGUGUUUGAAAAUGAUACUCUCUGUAUCUGGCUCUCCUGUGUAUGUUAACCACUUCAAUGUUACUAUCCUGCUUCGGUUUUAUAGUGAUUGUGAGGCAUUCAAUGCAAGUAUACAAUUAUUUUCUCAUUAAAA